AUGAUUACCGGUUCAUACUUUGUUAACUAUCUCUGUAAAGAGAUGAGUGCUAAGAACUUGCAGCACACAUUGUGGGUGUUUAUCUCUAUUCUAACAAUUAUCCGUUUUUUUCAAUAUGUGUUCAAACUAUAUCGACAAAUCGCAACACUACCGCCCGGACCGUGGGGAUUCCCAAUUGUCGGUUAUUUAACAUUUAUGGGACAUGAAAAACAUACCCGUUUUAUGGAAUUGGCUAAGAAAUAUGGUAGUAUAUUUUCCGCGAGAUUGGGAAAUCAAUUGACAGUCGUGAUGAGUGAUUAUAAAAUGAUACGUGAGUGUUUUAGGCGUGAUGAGUUCACGGGUAGGCCGGAUACACCGUUUAUGCAGACACUAAAUGGUUUUGGAAUAAUCAACAGCAAAGGAAAACUAUGGAAAGAUCAACGUCGGUUUCUCCAUGAAAAACUCCGUCAUUUUGGCAUGACAUACAUGGGAACUGGCAAACAUUUGAUGGAAAAGAGGAUCAUGACCGAAGUUCAUGAGCUCCUUCACACACUUCAACUCUCAAACGGCCGACCAAUUGACAUGGGUCCUGCAAUCUCUGUUGCUGUUAGUAAUGUUAUUUGUAACAUUAUGAUGUCGGUCCGAUUCUCAAUUGAUGAUCCCCGUUUCCGUCGGUUCAUCUAUCUAAUAGAGGAAGGAAUGCGUUUGUUCGGUGAAAUCCAUACAGUUGACUAUAUUCCAACCGUUCAAUACUUGCCGGGCAAACAAAAUACGCGUAAUAAAAUCGCCCAGAAUCGCGCGGAAACUUUGGAGUUUUAUCGUGAAGUUAUCGAUGAACAUAAACGCACUUUUGACGAGAAUAAUAUUCGCGAUUUAAUCGAUAUGUAUCUGUUGGAAAUUAAAAAGGCAAAGGAAGAGGGACGUGAAUCAGAAUUGUUCGAAGGAAAGGAUCCUGAAAUCCAAAUAAUGCAAGUGAUUGCUGAUCUAUUUUCUGCUGGUAUGGAGACUAUUAAAACCACAUUGCUUUGGAUCAAUGUAUUCAUGCUACGUAACCCUGAACAAAUGCGUCGAGUUCAAGAAGAGUUAGAUCAGGUUAUUGGCCGUCAUAGAUUACCAACGAUUGAAGAUCUGCAAUUUUUGCCCCUGACUGAGACGACAAUUUUGGAGUCAAUGCGACGGUCGAGUAUAGUACCAUUGGCUACGACACACUCACCAACCAGAGAUGUUUACAUUAAUGGUUACACCAUACCAGCCGGAUCUCAUGUCAUUCCACUGAUCAACAGCGUGCACAUGGACCCCAACCUCUGGGAUCGCCCAGAAGAGUUCAAUCCAAGACGUUUCCUCGACAACGAAGGUAAAGUUCGCAAACCAGAAUAUUUCAUGCCUUUCGGAGUUGGUCGUCGUAUGUGUUUGGGUGAUGUACUUGCACGCAUGGAACUUUUCUUAUUUUUCGCAUCCUUCAUGCACUCCUUCAACAUGAGCUUGCCCGAAGGACAACCUUUGCCUAGCUUGAAGGGCAACGUUGGCGUUACCAUCACUCCAGAAUCAUUCAAAGUGGUCCUAACUCCACGACCACUGCAGGCCAUGGCCAACACACCAGAUCAGAGCCCAAUUCGUAAUUUCGGUUCUAAUUGAAGUACGCCGGAGACGAGUGAGUCUCGUGCCAAGGAGAUAGAUACCAAGCCAUGAGACUUUCAGUAUGUUUUCCAGCAUCACUACAAUGUAAUGGUGGUGGAAGAGCACGGUUUUGUUCCUGUAACGCGGCAGUAGCUGCAUUCUAACCGACGUUAUGUUAUGAUUACUAGUUAGGUACUGAAGUAAAGUGUUCAUAAUUUAUAAAGAGAAUAAGCUGUGUUGAAGAGCAACCUCUAAUUGAUACAAUGUAUUAGCAUUAGUUACGAAGAUUAGGUGUAGAAUUGAACUUUUCCAGUGAAAAGUCCAAGUAAUUGAUUCUGUUCCAAGUGAUGUUGAAUUUCAUAACAUUCAUUGCAAGGUAGAAAAGUUUCCAUAAAAAACAUCUUGCCUGCAUUGAUCAUCUUUGGGGAAAUUCCGUGGAGUUUCCACCAAACUGAAACCAUUGUAUUCAAAAACAUAUGCAGACUAGCUAAGACAAAAUUUGAAUAUCAGAAAAACAAAUGAUCGAUGCUAUGAUAUUUCAAAUUCCACCCAGAGCUGUGUUCAGUUGAUAACAUAAAACAUAAAAUAUAAUCAAAACAAACUGUGGUCCUAGAUUCUAAACAAACCUACCUACAACCUAAUUAUGCAAAAUUAUUUUCGCUUGAACAAAAGAAAAGGGAGAAGAGAUAAAUGAUAAUUGUGUUUUAUUAAGAUAGUUUCGUAAAUUAUUGUAAAUCAAAAAAUUUUUUUUAUUACAUUUCAAAAAUUUUGGUGACAUUUCGGCAAGGUAGUUAGAAAAUUUAUAUUUCGAUUCUGAAGAUUUCGACUUUUAUUUCAAAAUUAUUUUUACUAAAAAACAAAAAAUUUAUUUGCGAUAGGCGUAAAUUUAAAAUUUUGCAUUUGGUGUUUUAAAUUAAAACACAAAUAAAUACCAUUAAAAUAAAUUUAUUAAAAAUUGCCUAAGUUGCGAGGAAAAGAAAGACUAAUAAUUUAUGGAGCAAAAGGAAUAAUUUUAUUUAAAAAAUCUAUUUCUUUGUUGACUUUUUAUUAUCAGAUCCUAUCAAAUAAAUAAACAAACAAAUACUUCCAUGUGCCAAUAGAGAGAAACCUUAUUGUACAAUUUGAAUUAGAGAAUGAAAAUCAGUCAAAAAAUCAAAACCAAUAAUAAUAACAACAAAUUUAUA